AUGGCGGCUAUUCCAACUAUAAAGAAGCUUGACGAAGCUGUUGUUAAUCGUAUUGCAGCUGGAGAAGUAAUUCAAAGACCUGCAAAUGCACUGAAAGAAAUGAUAGAGAACUCACUAGAUGCAAAAUCUACAUCUAUAACGGUGACGGUGAAGUCUGGAGGAUUGAAACUUCUGCAGAUACAAGACAACGGAUGUGGAAUCAGAAAAGACGAUAUGGACAUCGUCUGUGAGCGCUUUACUACGAGCAAGCUCACGAAAUUUGAAGAUCUAAGCUCCAUUGCAACUUAUGGGUUUCGAGGGGAAGCACUGGCGAGUAUAAGCCACGUAGCUCAUGUUACUAUCACCACAAGAACUGCACAAUCCAGCUGUGCUUACAAAGCGUCUUAUUCAGAUGGGAAACUUGUGUCACCACGACCUGGCAUGUCUGUAGAUCCUAAGCCUUGUGCUGGCAACAAAGGCACCCAGAUCACUGUAGAGGACUUAUUUUACAACGUAUCAACGCGAAGAAAAGCGUUGAAAAGCCCCGGUGAAGAAUUCGCAAAGAUUGCUGACGUGGUCAGCAAGUAUGCUAUACACAAUUCCGGGGUCGCAUUCACUUUAAAAAAACAAGGGGAGAACAUGGCUGCUGUGAGAACUGCCAGUGGUGCGUCGAUUUUGGACAACAUUCGUACCAUUUAUGGAACAACAGUUGCGAGAGAGCUGUUGGAAGUGAACUGUGAAAACCAAAGAUUUGCUUUCAAAAUGCACGGCUACAUUUCCAAUGCAAAUUAUUCGGUCAAAAAGCUGCAGUUCCUGUUGUUUAUAAACCACCGUCUUGUUGACUCCUCGGCAAUGAGGAAGGCCAUAGAAUCAUUGUAUGAAGCUUAUCUGCCCAAGAACAGCCAUCCGUUUGUGUAUCUAUCUCUGGAAAUUUCACCCAGCAAUGUUGAUGUCAAUGUCCACCCCACUAAACAUGAAGUGCAUUUCUUGCAUGAAGAUUCCAUCAUUGAAGCAAUACAACAAACAUUUGAAGAAAAAUUAUUGGGGGCAAAUUCAUCCAGGACAUACUUCACUCAAACUCUUCUUCCUGGAAUCUCUGUGACAGACACUUCUGCAGUUACAUCUGUUGAGGGAGAAAAAUCUAAUGGUGCAAAAGUUUAUGCUCAUCAGAUGGUGAGAACUGACAGCAGAGAACAAACUCUCCAUGCAUUCCUGCCUCCUAAAGAUCAUCCUGUCAAAUCAAAUGAAUCUAACAACAUUUCUCAGCUCUCCAGUGGUAGUAAACACAAAGCUAUUGCUAUGAACCAGAAUCCAUCUUCAACCAUUAUAAACCUUGAUGAGGAAUGUUCUGCUUCCCAUUCAGUUGAUGAGGACUUCUCUGAGCAGCCUGCAGGCUCGAAAAAACCAAGAUUGGAAGAAAGAUCCGAAAAUGCAAGAAGUACCAGCAGUUCAGGAAUUUACCGAGAAAUUAGUCUGACCAGUGUACUGAAUUUGCGGAAGGCUAUAGAUCAGUCUGAACACAAGGGAAUGAAGGAGCUUUUUGAAGACCACAAGUUUGUUGGCUGUGUCAACAAGUCACUGGCUCUUGUUCAACACAGCACAAAACUGUACCUUGCCAACAUCACAACCCUCAGCAAGGAACUUUUUUACCAAAUAAUCCUCUUUAAAUUUGGCAACUUUGAUUUUCUACGUCUGUCAGAACCAGCACCAGUGCUUGAUCUUGCACUGUUGGCUUUAGAUUGUGAGGAGAGUGGUUGGACAGAGAAUGAUGGCCCCAAAGAUGAGCUGGCAACCUACAUUGUUAACUUGCUGAAGGAGAAGAGAACCAUGUUGUUGGACUAUUUUUCUUUGGAAAUAGACAGUGAGGGUAAUUUGUUGACAUUGCCUGUUCUGUUGGAUGGUUACGUACCAAAUCUGAAUGGACUUCCUAUGUUUGUUCUUCGUCUGGCUACAGAGGUGGACUGGGAUAGUGAAGAACCCUGUUUUCAGAGCUUUGCACAGGAGUGUAGCAGAUUCUAUGCAUUUAAACCAGACCCUUUUCAGGCUGAUGACAACUCAUGUGAAGAUGACAAUGAGGGAAUUGAUGCUACCAUGGCAAAACCAUCAUCAUCAUGCCAUUCAUGGCAGUGGACUGUGGAACAUGUGUUAUUUCCUGCCUUUCGAACUGGUCUUAUGCCUCCUUCCCGCUUUUCAGAGGAUGGAACUCUGCUUCAAAUAGCCAACUUGCCAGACUUGUACAAGGUGUUUGAAAGAUGUUAAUGACUAAGGUCAGCAUUUGAAAAAACUCUUGGGUUGUAAUAAUUUGUUUGGGUGCGGAGAUAAAUCAUUCUAGAAUUUAAAAAGUUAUUGGCUUGGAGUGUUAAAUGUGAUCCAAGAUUACUUUAUUUUGGUUUACUUUGCUCUGUGGUUGCACCAUUCUCUUAGCCAAUCAGAUGCAAGACUAAAACCAAUUAAGAACAGGUUGUUAGUGUUUUCCUGCACUUUAGGCAGUUUGGUUGUUUUUCCUUUGAGUUCUUAUUGGCACCUAAAGGUUUUUUCCUUUCUUCAGAUUGGUAGUUGCGAUU